UCAAACGUCCCUACCUUUCGAAAGUAUGGUUUGGGAUGGAUUCGCCCAUCCCAUAGGGAUAGACGUUGCGAUUGAGACGCUAGUUUUGACCGGUCAAACAAUCUCGUCCUUAAAAAAGGAGAAAUUCUUCAGUAAGAACUAAUCAAUUAUGUCAACGAUUUUUCGAAAAAAUCUAAGUUUGAAAAAUAUUCGUCGGCUUAAAAUUUUAUUUCGAAAUAUAAACCAUGAAUGCCGUAUUUCUCCUCCUAAUUCAUUUUUGACCAGCUCUGUCUCCCGUCAUCAAUGUUUUGUCACUGCUGCUCUCCCUCAGCAUUAUGAAAUUAAAGAUAAUUUUGAAGAAGUAAGCCUGGAUAAUGUAACUCUGCAGGAUGUGGACAAAGCAUUCGUGGAGAUGGAUUAUGCCGUUAAACGAACGGGACGAUGCUCCAAAAUAAAUGUAAAAAACAUAUUAUCUUUGAUCGAAAAACUUCAUUCUUUUUCUGAAGUUCAUGGUCUUUAUCUUUUGCGAUGUUGUGGAUUGAUGUAUAUGGAAAAACCUGCUGAGCGAGUGCAACUUGCCAAUGAAAUUUGGGAGAAACUUCAUAAAUUAGAUGUACAUUUAGAUGUCAAGCAUUAUAAUUCACUUUUAAAAGUCUUUGUGGACUGUGACCAUCAGUUUCUAACUUCUGAAUUUUUAGCAUCAAUGGAGAGUUCAAAAAUUGAACCAAAUAAGGCUACAUACCUCCUUUUAUUACAAAAAUACUGUAAUGACGGUAAUUUGAGCGGGGCAGGAGAAAUACUUCAGUGUUUAAAGGAGAAAGGACUUCCCAUUAAUGAAUCUGUGUUUACUAUACUUAUUAAAGGACAUAUGAGAGCAAAUGAUGUCUCUGGAGCUAAAGAUAUUUUAGAAGUUAUGAGGUCAGCGAAUUUAUCUCCAACUGCUGAAUCAUAUGCAACUCUUUCCUGUGGCUUUGCAGAGAGAGGGGAUAUAGAUGGCUUAAAUUCUGUUUUGGCUGAAGCAAAAGACAAUAAUAUUGUAUUAUCCAAUAAACAUUAUCUUGAUAUAAUAUCUUCUUGGUCUAAUGCUGAAAAUAUGAAAAUCGUUGAUGAAAUGCUGGAAAAUAUUGUUGAUGUCAAUGAUUGGCGACAAGAAAUAAUAAAUGCCAUGUUGGGUUUGGUAUACAAAGGUAUGGAUGCCAGUGCUUUCAAGUUGCUUCUCAGAAUAGCAAAUCCAGAAAACAACUUUACCAAUGUUUUUUUGAAGGCACUGCUGAAAUGUGACACACCAAAGGAGAAAAUUAUUAGCUAUUGUGAAGAAAUCUCAGAUCGAAGAUUGCACAAUUAUAUUUUUAUGAAUGCAACAAAAGCAGCUAUAGAUUUUGGGAAAUUUGAACUUGCUCUGACAUUGUUCGAAGCAUUGCAGAAAAAGGGUGUGCCUGUGAGAACUUACAAUUUGCAUCUUCUUUUAUCGAGUUUUAAAGAUCAGGAAGAAGGGAUUUGGUUGACUCUUAAGAAAAUGUUUGAAUUAGGUGUGCCAGCAGAAUUUUUUACUUAUUUUGAAUAUGUGUUCCCUUCAGUUUCUGUUUCAAAUCCUGAUGCAGUUAUUUCUAAAAUUCAGGAAACUGGUCAUUCAUUUACAGCAGCAAUUGAUCCCUUAUUCCAGUUUUAUUGCUAUCAUGGCGAAUUUGAUAAUGCUUUGUAUCUCAUUGAAAAAUACCCAGUGAGUGUUCAUCCAAGCUUCUCAUUAGAAAAUUAUCUCAACAUUUGCAAAAACAUCAAGAAUUAUUCAAAAGCAUGUCUUAAGGUUUUAAACCAUCUCCUGCAAAAUGUUGGAGUACCUGCUCAGGAUCCUGAAGUUGCAGCAGGUGUGAAUCUUGCAUCUUUGAUUCAGAAAGAUCGUUCAUUAUUUGAAGCUUUACUUAGGAUUCCUGAUGAGCAAAUUCAGUUAAGCAAGAAAAGUCUUGACAUUUGUUCUACUGUUUUAAGAAGAAAUAAUCCAGAUUCAUUGAAAUAUCUCAGAAGGCUAAAAUAUUUUAGAAAUCAUCCCAGUGAAAAAAAGAUAUCAAGCUCAAUAACAGAAGAAAAGGAAGAACUGAAAUUAUUAAAAGAAAAGGGUUUAUCUGCUCAGCGAUACCUUUUGGAGUGUCUCUCUUCUCACCUGAAAGAAAGGAAUAUUACGAGAAUAAACCAGCUAACAGAAGAAUUAGAUAAACAAGGAGCCCAAUAUCCUCCAACUGUACUUGCACAAUUGCUGAGUUUCUAUUGUCAAAACAAUGAUCUAGAAAAGGCAGAAAAAUAUUUCAAAGUUUUGAAAAAUGAUUGUCCCACGUUUAACAUAGAUUCUCUAAAAGUCAUAGAUUAUGCUACUUUGCUGAUCAAAUAUUCAAAACUUGAUGAUGCAGUAAAUGCAAUCAAGAUGGAAUGUCAAGAAUUACAUCUCUUUGGUUAUGCUGAUGCUGCAUUUAGAAAAGGCGUGAGGAACUUAUUAAAUAUUGCAAUUGAAACUGGGAAUAGUGAUUUAGUCAAAUCUUUACAGGAUUCGUUUUCAUUUCAUGCUGAAACCUUGCAGGCGAAUGUUUUGUAUGAACCUCUUAUUAAAAUGCAUUUAUACAAAAAUGAUUUGGAUAGUGCUAUAAAUGAAUUUGAAAAAUGUGUUAAAAAUCAUCGUGUUGCUCCUUGUCUAAAAUUGCUGAUGAAAAAGUGUAUCGUGACUGAAAAUCCUACAAAACUUCAGAUUGUUAUCAAGACUGCAUCUACUUUAUCUAGGAAACAAGUUGUGUUGUAUGAUCUUGUUAUAGCACUUUUAGAAACAGGCCGAAGAUCAGAAGCCAAGAAAAUAAUGGGGAAUUUGAAAGAUAAAUCAUAUUCCAGUUAUUUGGAAGACAUUUGCACCCAGAUGUACAAUCAGAAUAGAGUUUGUGAUAUCUUAGAACUUGUAAAUCUCUUGUGGCUUGUGGAUCAUAUUGACAGAGAGAAGAUAGUGCAGUAUAUAUUCAAAUUAAGCAGUGAAAGAAAUGACUUGAAGACUGCCCAAGAUCUUUAUAAUUUUAUAUCAAAAUCAUUUAAAUUAAAUGAUGAAAUCAUAGAAAUUUUUUCAAAUCUUCUAUCAAAAAAUAGACAACAAGCUCCUUUCACUGUUUCCAAAAGUGAUGUCUCAGAUUUCCUUCAGUGUCUACAGGUAAAAGAUGCUCAUCUAGCCUUGAAAAAUCUGCAACGGAUGAAGAAAGGCAUUGUGCGCACUCUCGGAUUCAAUGAUAUGACAAAUUGUCUGGAUUUGUUGCUUAAAAAUAAGCUAUUAAAUGAUUUUUCUCAAAAUGUCAAUGCUAUGAGCUAUGUGAUUGAAAAUGCCAAUGAAAUAUUGAAACCUUUAUUGGAAAAAUAUUCUAGUUGUGGUGAUAUUGAUUCUUUGGUUGAAAUAGCCAAUUUUUUUCCUGACUUUGCUUUAAAAAAAUGUUCCUUCAAUAACUACCUUUCAAAAGGAUAUAUUUCAAGUGAAAAACAUGAAGACUUACUUUUUGAAUUAGAAAAAUGUUGCGAUAAAAGGAACAAAUUAUUUUCAGUAUUUGCCUUUGAAGAAUUGCUGAAGAGGCCAGAUUUGGAAGAGAGAGUUAUAAAUUUGGCCAAAAAAUAUUUAAAAUCGAAUUUUGACAUGCCCAUUGCUGUGGUAUGGGCUCAUUAUUUGAUUCAAGGUCGUUAUGAAGAAGCUGAAGCAUUGUACAAGUUGCACUCUGUACCUGCAGAUAAAAUAGAUACUCUAGUGUUAAGAACAGUACGUCAACAAGAAAAUGUAAUUUUGGGAAAAGCUUACAUUUCUGUAAUAAAUAGUAUUGAUGCCCCGAAAAGAUGCAAGGAGAGAACUUAUGGAACGGUUUUAGAUGUCUUAGUUUUAAAAGAAAUGUAUGAUGAUGCAGCAGGACUGGUGGCUGAAGCUCAGGCAAAAGAUAUUGACCUUGAAAAGCAUUACCAGUCAACUCUAAUAACACUCAAGAAUGCUCUAGAAAGAGAAAAGAAAAAAGUUCAAUUUUUUACUCCAAUUGAAGGUCAUGUGAUUUCUGAAUGAGAGUAAUAGCUGAAUGCUUUGAAAUUUCUGUAACAUAAUCAUCUGCAUCAUCAUUUGUUGUCUGUCAAACAUGUUGACACAUUUUAUAUAUCUUUGCUGAUAUUCAGAAGAAUGUGGAAGCAUUGAAUAUAUAUUGUUAAAAAAAUAUUUUAUGUAGUAAAGAUUAUAAACUGAGAUUGUGGAUAUGUGA